UAACGAAGCGAGUAAGGAAUCCAAAGCUUCUUCCCCCCUCGCCACACUUCACACGAUCACCUCGAACUCUCCUCUCCCAUGGCGACGCCGAAACCCUAACCCUAGCCCUAGCCGUAGAUCUCCCCUCCCAUGGCGGAUCGCGGCUCUCGGAUAUCCUCCGCCGCCGCAUCCCGCCGCCCCCGGCCGCGCGCGGCGUGGUGCUGCUCCUUCGCCGCCGUCCCCGGGAGCCCCGAUCUCCGCUCCUCGCCCCGUCACCACUACCACCAACGCCACCACCACCACCUCUCCAAGCUCCCGCCGCAGCCCCCGCCGAAGCCCUCCUCCCUCUACAGCUCCCCCUCCCCCACAAGCAAGCUCGGCCUCGGCAUCAUCGACCCCCGCCGCAUUCUCUCCCCAGGUAGGGUCUCCCCCAUCGACUCCGACCCUCCACUCGAUCCCCUCCCAGAGAUCGUCGCCUCCGCGGCGGCGGCGGCAGCGGAGCCGGAGAUUUCCGAUCCGGCCCAAGGAGAGGGUUCUCCGGCGUCUCAGAGGGCGGAGACGGAUCGCUGUGCGUCCUCGAGGGAGAGAUCUCUGGAUCUGAGGUUGAGAUUGAAGGGGAAGGACGGGACGUGCUUGCUGUUGGAAUUGGACUCCAAGGUUCUGUGCGAGAGCAGCCGAUUCUUCGCCGCGAUGGUUCUGGAAGCGACUGGAAAGAUCUCGGAUGAGCUCGCGGGCUACACCAGGAUCGAAGUCGGCGGAAUCGAGGAUACGGAUGUGUUUAGAAAGACCAUUGAGCUGAUGUAUGAGGAGGAUGCGUUGAGGGCGCUCGCAAAGGCGGGAGUGUCGCCAGCCAUCGACAUACUCGAGGUAUCCUCCACCAUCAUGUUUGAUCGAGGCAUCACCUCUUGUUUAAAGUACAUCGAGGGCGUCCCAUGGACUGAGAGCGAGGAGGAAAAGCUCAAGAGCUUUUUUUCCCGCUGUACGCUUGACGAGGCAACAGCACAGGAUGUGCUAGCGAGAUUACGUACCCCACCAGGUCGGUGUGACUUGCAGGAUAAUCAUCUCGCCAUCCAUCUCAUACAAUCAGUCGUGAAUGGGAUUUGUAGUAACGCGAGAAAAGAGAUGCAAUCCCUAGUCAAUGGUCUCUUAUCAAAGAGCUCGGUGUACCAAAAAGACCCUGCUGGGCUUAGUAAGGAGAGCUUAUAUAAGAUAUGCCACUCCUGCUUGAACUCACUUGUGGAGCUCUUUGAAGAAGCUUCUGGAUCUGCAGCAGACGAAAAUAAGAACAGUAAUAAGCCUUUGGUUGAACGGAUCUCAAAGCAGGUCGAGAAUCUCAACUGGCUCCUCGAGAUUCUCACUAACAAUCAGAUGGCUGAAGAUUUUGUGGACUUGUGGGCCCAGCAAGCAGAGUUGAUCAAAAUGCACGAAAAAGCUUCACCAAUGGUGAGGUACGAGCUAAGUCGGGUCUCCGCAAGUUUAUUUAUAGCACUAGGGAAAGGGAAGUUGCAUUGUCGGGGUGAAACAAGAAGUGCUUUAUUUUGCGGAUGGUUCCGGCCUUUGUUGAUGGACUUUGGUUGGUUACAAAGGUGCUCAAAAGGGUUGGAUGUUAGGAUGUUGGAGGAAACCCUGGGGCAGGCACUUCUAACGCUCCCGCUUAGUCAGCAACAGAGUUUAUUUGAGGAAUGGUUUCGAUUCUUCGCGGGCGGCGCGACGGAGUGCCCGAACCUUGGUCAGGCUUUUCAGGUAUGGUGGCGUAGGUCGUUUGUGAGAUCAGCUUCGUUUAAUUUGUAAUUUUUAGAUUAUAGUAGUGUUGUUGUGUAAUAUAUGCUUUAUCUAGAUGAUUAGUGGAGCCAAUAAUUCAAGUGCUGGUUGAUUCUCCGAUUUCUGCUUUAAGUGGUAUUUUCGUAAAAACUCCUUUUUCCAUUUUCCAUUUGAUCUCUCGUAAAAUAUCAAAUUGUGGCUUAAGUUUAUUUUUA